CCUCAAAGUACUCGAUGUAUAGUUAAAAAAUGGGAGGGCACACUUGAACUGAGCUGCUCUAUGAAGGUAGGCUGCAGCGUGUGUUUAUUGAUGAGAUGAAAAGAAGAUGGAAGUGAGAAAUGAAACAAAGUAAAGGAACAUAUUAAGAAAAACAACUAUACGCGCUUUGUCGGGGGAAACCAGGGGGAGCCGUGGAAACGCUGUCGCCACUUUUUUAAACCAGCUUCGAAGUGCAGAGCAACACAUGGUUUGGACAGAGAGGACUGACAGCCUUGCCUAGCACCUGGCCUCUGAUCAGCCAUCUCCACCAGCAACCUAAAGCUUGACCUGCACUUCAUCACCAGCCACACAAGCAUCUUCGGAAAAAAACGUCAUCUAACUGUGACAUCAGUUGCAAGGGGAUGACCGAGCGCAUUCAUAACAUCAAUCUCCACAACUUCAGCAAUUCUGUACUUGAGACCCUCAAUGAGCAACGCAACCGUGGGCACUUCUGUGACGUGACUGUUAGGAUCCAUGGAAGUAUGCUGCGAGCUCACCGGUGCGUGCUGGCUGCUGGAAGCCCCUUCUUUCAGGACAAGCUGCUCUUGGGCUACAGCGACAUUGAGAUCCCUUCUGUGGUCUCAGUGCAAUCCAUCCAAAAGCUGAUUGACUUUAUGUACAGUGGGAUUCUGCGAGUAUCUCAGUCAGAGGCCCUGCAGAUCCUUACUGCUGCCAGCAUCCUACAGAUCAAGACCGUCAUUGAUGAGUGUACCCGCAUUGUGUCCCAGAAUGUGGGCCUGGCUGGGCCGGGGGGCUUCCCUGUUAUACCAGGAGACUCUGGUCAGGAAACGCCCCGUGGCACGCCAGAGUCUGGCACCUCUGGGCCCAGCAGCGACGCAGAGUCAGGUUAUAUGCAAGCAACAUCACAAAGCAUGGAUCGUGCAUACACGUCACUGUACUCAUACCCUGGCCUCACUCUGCAGAACGGCACCCGUGAGCGCCCCCUGUACAUUAACCCUAUGUCGAUCAAUUGUGAUCCGACUCUCAGCACUCAGAAAGACCAGCAAUCUCAAGAUCCACCCUGGAUGAAUCGCAUCCAGGAGAGAUCUCAGCAGGUCGACCGCUUCAUCUCCACAGCAGAGUCCACCCACUGCCGCAAGCAACCCCGACCGGUACGCAUACAAACAGGAGGGAUGCACAUAAAGCAGGAGGCCGAAGAUGAGUACAGCUGCUACGAUAAUUUGGACUGCCAAGAUGACACUGACCAUACUGAGGGUGUGGAGAGUGAAUCCAAGGUUGAAAGUUUUGACUCAGGUGUGAGCUCCUCCAUCAGUACUGAGCCAGAUGCUAUGGAGCAGCAGCCGUACCUGACGGGCUUUAGCCGAGACGGGGGCGGGGACGGUCAUCCUGGUGAAGGAGGUCCAGUGCAUAUAGAGGUCAAUGACUCAUCCCCAGAGCAAGUGCAAGACACAGACGACGGGGACACCUCCCACAGCACUAGUGACAGUAGCAUGAUGCAGCCCCUGCCAAACUCAGUCAUGUCCCAGUCCCUGCCAUGUGCUCCGCACUACAUGCGCCAGGCAGAAUCACACACCAGCAAUCUGAGGAUGCCGCUCACCGUGACCAGCAAUUCCCAAGUGAUGGGCAAUGCUGGAAGCACCUUCCUGCCCCCACUCUUUCCUACACAGCCGACUAGAGACAACAAGAAUUUCCUUUACCUUCCUGGCCAGCAGCAACCACAAUUUGUGGCUGUGCCACCCCCUGCUAUGCCAUCAUUCCCGAACCCCAUGUCGGUACAGCAAGCGCCAACUCAGCAGCAGCAGGUUGUAGGAGGAAUUGGUCCGGGGGAAAAGAAGCCCUACGAAUGCACUCUCUGCAGUAAAACCUUUACUGCUAAACAGAACUACGUCAAACACAUGUUUGUCCAUACUGGUGAGAAGCCUCAUCAGUGCAGCAUCUGCUGGCGCUCGUUCUCCCUGAAGGAUUACUUAAUCAAACACAUGGUGACACACACAGGGGUGCGGGCCUACCAGUGCAGUAUCUGCAACAAGCGUUUCACCCAGAAGAGCUCUCUCAAUGUCCACAUGCGGCUGCACCGUGGAGAGAAGUCCUAUGAGUGCUACAUCUGCAAGAAGAAGUUCUCACACAAGACCCUGCUGGAGAGGCACAUGGCCCUGCACAGCACAGGCAGCGCCAUCACAGGGCUGUCGGGGAGCGCAGGUACCCCGGGCCCAGUCUCCAUUCCCAUGCCUAUGGCUGUCCCUGAGCCUGGAGCUGGAGUGGUGGCCCUCGCCAUGCCAGUGAGCGGAGGUGCCGGAGUAGGGGUUGGGGUUGGAACAGGAGUGGGUGUAGCUGCAGAAGCGAGCUGCCAAGAAGGGACCACCUACGUGUGCUCCGUCUGCCCUGCCAAGUUCGACCAAAUGGAGCACUUCAAUGACCACAUGCGAAUGCAUGUCUCCGAUGGAUAAGUACUAAUAGAUAAACUUCUUUCAAAAAGAAUGACAAAUAAAAUGGCACUAGAUUUUCCUUUUCUUAUUUUGAGGUAUGAAGAGUAAUGAGUAUAGACACUGGCACAUUAAGUUUCCCAAAAGAUUUUUUUUUUUUUUUCUGUUAUUCUAAAAGAAAAAAAAGAUGGUGGCCUUAAGGCUUAGUAGUUUGAUAUUGAUCUACUGGAUGGAUCCUAACUACAGGCCUCUAAAUGUAUGCUUUCCUAAAAUACUGAUUUAUGUGUUGAACACUACCGAAAGGCCUACGAAAGAAUCAUAUACACACAAACACACCUUUAGCGUAGAUAUGUGUGAAUGAAUAUACGUGUGCAUAUAUGUUUGAGCGUUUGUGUAUUUGCAUGUGUCUGUCUGUUUGUCUUUGUGUGUGUGUGUGUGUGUGUGUGUGUGUGUGUGUGUGUGUGUGUGUGUGCAUUGCCAUGAAACAUAAAUCAUGGCAGUUGUGAACCCAUACUGACCAGUUUGGAGACUAUAGAUGUCCAAGCUUACUGUGGUAUAAUUUACAACAACAAUAACAAAAAAAAAAUCAUCUGGGGUUGGGCUACAUAUUCCCUCUAAAAGAAAUACUGAUGGUCACAAGAUUGCCUUCUUAUGUAAAAUAAAAAAGGAGAGUAGUUAAUUUGACACUGGGUUUUAUUUUAUUCCUAUGGUAUUAAGGGAUUAUAAUGCAGCUGUUGUCAAGGUACCAAUUUCAAUCAUUUAAUUGAAGUGUAACUUCCUGUCAAUGGUGACAGGCAUACAUAUUUCAUGUUUUGUAAUUGUUGUCCAUGCAUUUUGAUGGUUAAGAUUACAUUUACUAAACUACGGUGUGUUGAUGAGACAGUAUUUGAGCAAAAAUAUGUUUCUUUUUUUCUGAAGUUUGGAGUUUAACUCAUUUGCAUACACUGCCACUAAUAUCCUUAAAGACUGUUAAGGCUAGUAGACCUCUUCCAUUUCAAAACAUGAGAAAAAAAGAAAGAUUCUUUUGCUGAUGUUUUUUUUUAGCCUUUUACAUUCACAGUUAUGGCAGGCUGGCAUAUGCGACUAAACUUCCUCCUUCAUAAUUGCUGCUCCUCAACUUGCACCUGACUGUUAUGGGAUGUAGAUCAAAAUUGUCACUUAAAGUAUUGUUAUUGAGUAGCCAACAUGGUUGUAAUUUGAAUUAUAAUAUUAGGGGGGUUUAGGCCUGUUGUUGAUUGGAACAGUGUUAAAGAGGGAGGGAUUUAAUUUUAAUAAAUCGGAACUAAAUGCCAUCCUGAUCCUAGAACCACUGUAUAACCUGGUCAUUACUAUUGCAAAGCUAUUUUAGCAAGUGGGAGCAAAAUGCAUUACUCUAAAUGCUCUCCCUGAAGGCUCGGAUGACAUGCAACGUUUUGAAAGGAAAUACAGUCUCAAAGGAAAACAAGUAGCUCCGUUAAUUAAACCUGUUUCAUGGUAUACCACACGUUACAGAUGGACUUUCUAGACAAUAGUAUACAUUCCUGAUUUUUCUAAAAACCUGACACAGCAUGUACAGAAUAGAUUUGGAAGCUAAUGUGUGCAAGUUGUCAUCCAUGCAUCACAUCACAUAAGGCUCAUUUCGGAAAUUUGAAUUGUUUCGUAUUGCUUUUUAAUCAAAAUAGGACACACACACACACACACACACACAAAUGCAACUGCCUGCAACUGCAAAUCUGAAGGAUUUGCUCAUUUAUGUGAGCAAACACUCUAGUAGUUGUGUUGUUAAAAGAAUAACUAACUGCAUACAGUGGUCUUAAAAAGACCUGCUGUAGUUAAAAAAGUGCUACUUUGCACAUUUUCUUAAAAUGCCUGUGCUUAAUAUUUAAUAAUUUCCUUAAAUGAACUUCUAUAAUUUUCUUUUAUUCAAUUUCAAAGGAAAAAAAAACAUUUUUUAAAAUCUUGAUAAGUGGACUGCAUUAUUUUCUUGCAUAUAUGUUGCACUGCUUAAACCAAUAAGUGCACUACUGUUAUACAGAGAUAUUAUAGUUUUAGAAAAGAGGAUCUUCUUUUGUUUAAAUCUAAGAUUUGGUUGUAGAGUUCACAUGUAAUAGAAUACCUUUGUUUCAAUUUAUUCAUUAAGUAAUUCAGCGGUUCUUGGCUUUUGUUAUCGCUUGCAGUCACCUACAGUAUAUCCUUGUGCCGUGUUAAUGCAAGCAUUUAUUUUUAUUUAAAUAUGUACCAUUAUGUGUGCUCAUCUAUGUUUUAACCUUUGGAAAUCAUUCUUUAAUGGAGUUAGUUCCCUAUAACCAAAUCAAUUGCAUUUCUUUAGAAACAGACAAAAAAAUUCUCUGAGAACAUCCAAGCCAAACAACAUUAACAGUGAAUCAGUAAUAAUAAACACAACUCCCGUCCAACUCUGUUGGCAGAGGUAAUAAUAAUAACUAUUAUUAUAUUAUUAAUAAUAAUAAUACAUUGAUAAUGUGUGUGUGUAACAUAAAUGAUAUGUGUGUCCUAGAACUACUUUCUGUGGGUUUAAAGGUUUGGGAGGUGAUGGAAUGCAGCUUCUUUGAUAUCUGUCUGUCAGUUGUACACAGUCGUGUCCCUUCCUUAGUGUUUUUAUGUCUGUGAGUGUCUGUGUGGUAUAAAGCCUAAUCAAACUGUUAAAAAGUGGAAUAUCUGAAACUGUAGGGCUUCCUUUGCAAUAUGCAGAACAGGUACUAUGAGAAGCAGCUCUCCAACACUUUUGGGCUUAAAUGGCACCUGUAACAUUUGUUCUGAGAUUUGACAAAAGCCUAGGUCAAGCUCCAAUGUACUUCAUUGUACCUGCUUGGAGAAGCUAUAUCCAUCAUUUAGAAAUUUCACAAAAUUGCUUCUAGAUUUCUGAUCCCUGUGGAGGCUAGUGAUGAUCAUGUGAGACCUGGACAGAUUCUGUAUUCUGGUUUCUCCUCACCAAAAAAGAAUAUUGACCGCACUUGAGAAAUACAGUGAAAAAGCGUGAGGUUAGUCCUCAGUAAAAGUAGCACAUUACUUAACAUUUGAUUGGGCCUGUCUCCUAUGGUGUGCAUAUAAGCCUAAAUUGAAUGGUUCCUGUUUGUAGCUGGUGUUGCCAGGAUGGCAAUAUUGCUGCAUGCUAGUGCUAUAUUUGUCUCUACACAGCAAGUGGAGGGUAAUCUCAUGCCUUAACAGACAAUGCACUAAAUAGAAUACGUAAGCAACUGCCGAGAUCUCUUUCCAUCAGUACUGCCACACGUAUGGCACACAGCUCAUGAUGUUGGUGUUUGUUGUUUGUUGAGUACCAAGUUAAACACUGCCAAACUUACAUCAUCACUUCUUUGAAAGCAAAGGCAGAGACAUGAAUUAAAUUGUUUCAGUGUAAUGUAUGUAUUCAGUAAUCUAGCAUUCCUUCAUGGCACCUAAAUUUUUUUACAUAUUUUGUGUAAACACAUAUAUCAAAUGCACUAUUGACUGUAGCUAGAUGAGUACAACCAGCUUUGUGGUAUCAUUGGUCUAAAUAGUAGGUUAAGUAGCUCGAUGUUGGUUUUUGAAAUAUUUGAUUUCAGAAUUACACUAUUAAUUGUUUCUCUAUCUUUUUUUUUUGGGAAUAACAAAAGUAGCCAAUCUCAACGUUAUCCGGAUGAGGGCUAAUAACUCGUCCCAUCGUCAGUUGACUCGUUGUAUCAUAAGGUGUUUGAUUGAUAGCAGACCAGGCUUGGAAGGGGAAGAACCUUCUCUCCAGUGUGUCAUAACGCUCCUCCCCUGUUGCAUUAGCAUCACAGGCUCUUCACUGUCCAUAGUUAUAUAUUCCUUAUACUGCUUCAGCUACUUGUGGUGGUGAUUAAUUCUCUUUUCUCAGUGUUGCAAAAACUUUGGUUAAAAAUGGUUGAAAAGUUGCAACAUUAUCCAGAAAAUAAGUCCUUAUCUCAAUCAUGCUUCUAGUUGUUAGUUAAAAGAAAUCUAAACUUUAUGUUUGCAAAGUGUUUGCAUAUUUUCCAGAACAAAAACAUAUUGAAAAGUAGAUAAUAGCCUUGAGCCUGCAGCUGUUUGUAUUGUGUUUCAAAUAUAUUACUGUUCAUGUUUUGUUUAUCUAGUGUAGAGACACAGGGUCUACAGUACAUUGUUGUCCUUCUUGCAGUAUGUUUAAUUCAUCGUCAUACUUCUUUAUUUUACACUUCCUCCUGCUUAUUUUAUGGUGAUCAUAGUGGUGUUGUUUAAACAUACAUAGCUUCAAGCAACUGGAUAAAGGAUAGUCAGUUAUUGAGUCAUAUUUCGCGGUGUACGAUAUAUGCGUGUAUGCAUUGCAUUGAGAUGAAAACAAGGAAAUGGAAGAUAGUUAUGGUGAGGGUCAUGUUGAGUAAGGAACAGGUUUAUUUUAUUCCAAUAAGCAUGCGUCUGUCUUCCUGUUUGUCUCCACACAUUUUUAAGUCCAAUCUUUUGGUUUAAGCUUGAACAAAGUCGCAAAGUUAAGAGUAGAAUACAGAAAACACAUGGAAACAUUCAGAUAUUACUUAACUGCAUUUCUCUUUUUUGGGCCUUCUACAGUACAGAGUGAAAUAGAUAACUUCUUACAAAUAUACUAUAUAUAUUUACGUAUCAGCAUCUCACAUCACACAGAUGAAGCAUACAUUUUCAGAAAGUUUAAUAAAGACAUAAUUACAGCUAGCAGCUAGUAUACAGUAUCUUGUGGGAUAUAGGGAAUAUGCCUAUCAAGUGCCUAUCAGUACAUACAGCAACUAUACAGAAUAUUCAUAGUUUUUCUCUCCUACAUUGCACAGAUACAGUAUAUACACAAUGGUCUAUUAAAAAAAUACUAUUUAUACUAUUACUGCUAAGACCUGGUGGUUGUUAGUACACCCUAUAAGAGAACCCUUUAAAAUACAUAAAAUGUUCUAUUCAUAUACAAUAAAAGCUACAUCUGCGAGUUUUAUUUUUUAUCUUACAUUUAUACAGUUUGGAGGAUUCAAAAAUAUAAAAUGCAAUCAAAUAUCCAGGUUUUUAAAUUAAAUGUAAAAAUAGGUUGAGCAGGUUCAGCUAAUACCUGAAACAUAUUAUGUAAUCCUAAAAUUAAAUGGUCUUUUUUUUCUUUUCUUUCAUGUUGCUCUCUCUCAUUGCUGUUUGGCAUUUUACACAUGCCAUUUUUUUAUACGGUACUGUAUGUUUGUGUGGGGGAAAGGCAGUGGCUCUUUGUGAACAGCAGAGGGAGCCACAAAUGAAUCAAGAAUAUUUGGAUUUAUUUAAUUGUUGGUAAAAAUUGCCAUUGUUCAGACUAUAAUAACAUCUAUACGCAUGGCAGUAGUUACCUCCUCUGGCAUUUACCGUAAAUGAAAAGACAAGGUUUGCAGGCUGUAGGAACUGGCAGCUGCUUUUUUAAAGUACACUUUGUGUCCUUCAACCUUGAUGAAGGUUGCAAGCCAAUGCCCAAUUUCCCCUCAACGAUCGAUAAAGUUUUAUCUUUUCUGUCAGCUGUGUUAUUUACAUGCAGCUUGAAAUUGUAAAGGUCAAGCAAAAAGCAACGUG